CGCGUUUGUCAAUUUUUCAAUUGAAUCUCUAUUGUGAUUGAAACAUGUAAAGAAAGUGAUUUUUCGGGAUUUUCUAAUUGAAUUUCGCUUUGAAACGCAAUCGUCUUCGAUCUUAGCUAUUCCAGGAUAAAAUGUAUUGAGCAAACUUAUAAAAAUUUUGAGAAACAACGAAUUUUCGAUAUUCGGCUGUAUACGAAAACUUUGUAGGGCUAUAAUUUUUGGAUAUGCAUAUAUAAUUAACAUUUUUUAACCUACUUUUUUUGGAAAGCUACUUUACCAACAGCAGGUUUGACGCGUGCGUAUUAAUAUAUAUAUAUAUACAAUGAGACGAAAAUGAAGAGUUGGUGUUUUUUUGCCUUUUUUUAUUGAGAGGAUCCAUGACGAUGGCAGCAGCAGCCCGGGUGUGUAGUUGUGAUUUGGAGUAACAAUAACACAUGUCGCCGGCAAAAAAGCCAUCGUUGGAGGUGGAAGGAAUAAACAAGAUAAGUGUUGGCUUUGAAUUUCGAAGCCAACAAUUAGCCCAUUCUGUUGCGAAAAAUUCGGGAACGAAGAAAAAAGCACAAAUAAGUUGUAGUAUCGCGCGAUAUAAAUUUUUGUUUAGUUGUGAAUAGACUAAUCAAUACACGGUGUGUAAUAAAAUGUACAAAUCUCGUAUAUUGUAGUAGUUAAAUAUAUAGAGAAAAUAUAAGAGAAAAAUUCAUACAACAAUGAAGACUGCUUUUAUGGUAGCGGAAAAGCCCUCGCUGGCUGCUUCCCUCGCAAAUAUUUUGAGCAAUGGACACUGUAAUACGAGAAAAGGCUUCAAUGGCUCGUGUUCGGUACACGAAUGGGUUGGUAACUUCAUGUCUGAGGUUGUCAACUUUCGCAUGACAUCAGUUUGUGGGCACGUAAUGAGCUUGGAUUUUAUUGGAAAAUACAACAAUUGGGACAAAGUUGAUCCGGCUGAGCUCUUUUCUUGUCCUACCGAAAAAAAAGAAGCUACUCCAAAACUCAAGAUUCCUGCAUUUCUUGGCAAGGAAGGCGCUCGAUGCGAUUAUCUGGUCCUGUGGCUCGACUGCGACAAAGAAGGAGAGAAUAUUUGCUUCGAAGUUAUACGUGCUGUGGAGCAGGGCCACUGCGGACGCCUUGACCCAAGAAACAUUUGGCGAGCAAAGUUUUCUUCGAUUACGGAAAAAGACAUAAAAGCUGCCCUCGCGAAUCUCAUCAAACCAAACGAGAACGAAGCAUUGAGUGUGGAUGCGAGACAGGAACUCGAUUUACGAAUAGGCUGUGCCUUUACGCGAUUCCAAACGAAAUUUUUUCAGGGAAAAUACGGAGAUUUGGACGCAUCGCUCAUAUCUUACGGUCCUUGUCAAACACCCACCCUCGGUUUUUGUGUUCAGCGACACGACGAGAUACAGACUUUCAAACCAGAUCCUUACUGGGUGCUCCAGGUAACGAUCAAGACUGCUGAUGGCCAAGAGCUGACUACCUCCUGGGCACGCGGUCGUUCUUUCGACAAGGAAGUAGCAAAUAUGUUUUUGAGUCACGUGAAAGAGCACGAGGAAGCCGAAGUAAUCAGCGUUUUGAGCAGCGAGAAAACGAAGCCUCGACCGAUAGCUCUCAACACAAUCGAGUUGAUGCGGGUCGCCAGUUCGGGACUUGGAAUGGGACCACAUCAUGCAAUGCAAAUCGCCGAACGACUUUACACUCAGGGUUACAUAAGUUAUCCGCGAACGGAGACGACGUCUUAUCCUCAAAAUUUUGAUCUUCAAGCUGUGCUGAGGCAGCAACAAAGUAGUCGAGAAUGGGGAGACGAGGUACGAAAAAUUUUGAGCAAUGGCAUCAACAGGCCGAGAAGUGGACACGACGCUGGCGAUCAUCCACCAAUAACGCCGAUGAAACAAGCCUCGAGAGAAGAGUUAGAUGGAGAUUCAUGGCGGGUUUACGAUUACAUAACUCGCCACUUUAUCGCUACGGUCGCAAGGGACUGUAAAUAUUUGAGCACAACCGUAAAAUUCGAAAUCGGUACCGAGACCUUCACUCUAACUGGUAAUUCCCUCAUGGACCCUGGUUAUACAAGUCUUCUAACUUGGCAGGCUCUGGGGGCCAAUGAUUCUCUGCCGAAUUUGAAAAGCGGUGACAGUGUCGCGAUCCACGAGGCGAAAUUGUUGGAAUGCAUGACCCAGCCGCCCGACUAUUUAACAGAAUCGGAGCUUAUAACGCUGAUGGAAAAACACGGAAUUGGCACGGACGCCUCGAUUCCCGUUCACAUAAAUAAUAUAGGAACGCGCAAUUACGUGACCGUUGUUUCCGGGAGAAAAUUAGUUCCUACUUCCCUGGGAAUCGUUCUCGUUCAUGGAUAUCAAAAGAUAGAUCCUGAAUUGGUUCUACCAACGAUGAGAUCGGCCGUGGAAGAACAGUUGAAUCUCAUCGCUCUGGGGAGAGCCGAUUUCGAUGCGGUUCUUUGCCAUGCCAUUGAAAUUUUUAAACAAAAGUUUCAUUAUUUCGUUCAAAAUAUCGAGGCCAUGGACCAGUUGUUCGAAGUUUCGUUUUCACCGCUUUCAGCAUCUGGCAAAGCACAUUCCAGGUGCGGCAAGUGCAGACGAUACAUGAAGUACAUACAGCCAAAACCAUCGAGACUUUAUUGCACGCACUGCAACGAGACGUACAAUUUGCCACAAAAUGGAAACAUUCGUAUCUACAAAGAACUCAAGUGUCCAUUGGACGAUUUCGAGUUGUCUUCGUGGUCGACGGGAACCCGUGGCAAGAGUUACAUCUUCUGUCCGUAUUGUUUCAACAAUCCGCCGUUCAGGGACAUGAAAAAGGGUUUCACAGGCUGCAAUUCCUGCACUCAUCCAACCUGCGCCCACGGACUCAAUUCCAACGGAUUGUGUAGCUGUCUCGAAUGCGAGAGUGGAAUUUUAGUUUUGGACCCUUCGGCCGCGCCCAAAUGGAAAUUAGGCUGCAAUCGAUGUGACGUUAUUAUUCACAUGUUUGAAAAUGCUCACCGAGUGAGCGUCGAUAGGGAUAUUUGCGAUUGCGGAGCUCAGCUCGUUUCCGUCGAGUACAAGCCCGACAAGAGCAAACUCCCGAACGAGGCAACGGAGAUGACAGGCUGCGUGUUUUGCACUCCAGCGUUCGUGCGAUUGGUGGAAAAGCAUCGGGCAGUGGCCUCGAAGCCAGUAACGACGAGAGGACGAGGAGGUCACGCGAAAUCUCGAGCUCGGGGCAAGCCUCGUCCGCCCAAGGACAAGAUGGCUCAAUUGGAUGGUUAUUUCGUAUGAAGGCUGAAAUUUCGUACGAAAUUUCUUAAAAAAAAAUCGUGUUUUUUCCCCCUUGCACGAUGAAUUUGCCAAUUUUGUACCAAAUAUUUACAAAAUCUCGGUGUUUUUGUUGUCCGAUUGAAAAAAAAAAAAAUCAAAUAAAGUAAGAAAACACGCGGAAAUAAAAUGUUUUGUAAACUAUCCA